UGAUACGUACAUUAGCUAGUUAGCUAGCAUUAAUUGUCAAUGCCACUUUCCGAAGCCACAACGGAUGGAGUUGCACUUGCAGUCUUGCAUUACAAACUGUGAGAACCAUCCGACAAGUCUACGUAGCCGAAUGUGGGCAUUGUAAAAGGCUUUGCUCAUCUUCAUGAUAUUGAGUUGUCAAACUCCCACCUGAUAAUUCAGGCAGAUUUUGUCCCUCUAGGACCGGACAUCACGACAAGGCUUACCAAAUAAAGGAACCUCUUCUGUCCACAUAGAGAUAUUGACAUACUAAGAUUGUGUAUGGACUUUUGCAAGAUGGAUAUGCUAUAAUAAGACAUCAACUUCAGAGGUGCAGGUUGAUUUCGUAAUGACAAGCUGCUGUGCAGAAGAUGUCCGCACUGUCUGCGACUGAUAUCCCAGAUGUUGGUCAUGAUGAGAGUAAGGUGUUUGAUAGGGCCUCAGAUCUGCAGCUGGACUGCAUGGUGGAGGAAAGAGGGGGAGCUGCUGAAGUGACGCACGAUGGCCUGCUGUCGUUGGAUGACCUGCCCCCGCCAGAUGAUUUCUCUGUACCCCCACACAACGGCCCUUUGCUGACUGAGAUGAGCAGCCCUCUGCCGGUAGAGCCGAGUGACAUUAAGCUGGAUCCAGUUACAGGCGACAUGCUUGCUAACACAGCGGAUGGGCAGCCUGUGAAGAGAAAAAAGGGACCUGCCCCAAAGAUGCUGGGUAACGAGGUGUGCAGUGUGUGUGGUGACAAGGCUUCCGGCUUUCACUACAACGUGCUCAGCUGUGAGGGCUGCAAGGGCUUCUUUCGACGGAGUGUCAUCAAGAGUGCCCAGUACUCCUGCAAGAACAAUGGCCAUUGCGAAAUGGACAUGUACAUGCGCCGGAAAUGCCAGCAGUGCCGCCUUCGCAAAUGUCGGGAGGCAGGGAUGCUGGAACAAUGUGUGCUCUCCGAGGAGCAGAUCAGACUAAAGAAGAUGAAGAAACAGCAGGAGGAAGAAACUGCUCGCACAUCGACAGUUAUCACCCCCACCCCGCCACAGGAAGUGGUCAACCUGGCCCCUGAACAGCACGAGAUGAUUGAGAAGCUGGUUGCCAUGCAGAAGCAAUGCAACAAGAGGUCCUUUAUUGACCGACCGAAAGUGACGCCAUGGCCACAGAGUCAGGACCCACAGAAUCGAGAGGUGCGUCAGCAGCGCUUCGCCCAUUUCACUGAGCUAGCAAUAAUGUCGGUCCAGGAGAUUGUGGAUUUUGCCAAGCAGCUUCCUGGUUUCCUUGAGCUUACCAGGGAGGACCAGAUUGCUCUGCUUAAGACUUCUACCAUUGAGAUUAUGCUGCUAGAGACAUCUCGGCGCUACAAUCCAGCCAUCGAGAGUAUCACGUUUCUGAAGGAUUUUAGCUAUAACAAGGAGGACUUUGCCAAAGCAGGGCUUCAGUUUGAGUUCAUCAACCCCAUCUUUGAGUUCUCCAAGGGAAUGAAUGACCUGCACCUGGAUGAAGCCGAAUAUGCUCUGCUCAUUGCAAUUAACAUCUUUUCUGCAGAUCGCCCAAAUGUGCAGGAUCAUGAUCUAGUGGAGAGGCUGCAACAACCUUACGUGGAUGCACUUCGCUCUUACAUCAUGAUAAAGAGACCAAAUGAUCACCUGAUGUUCCCUCGCAUGUUGAUGAAACUGGUGAGCCUGCGUACGCUCAGCAGCGUCCACUCGGAGCAGGUCUUUGCCCUACGCCUACAGGACAAGAAGCUUCCCCCUCUGCUGUCUGAAAUCUGGGACGUCCAUGAGUGACUGUGACCCUGAUGCCACACCCUGUGGCCUCAGAAAGCCUGGAACAGACACGGCGUCCGCUGAGCAGUUCAGAGAGACUUACCUAGGAAGCAAGACAUUCAGGAGCAUAGCUUGCUUUCCUGCUCUUCCAGUCAGGGAUCGAUUCCUACUUCGGAGAACAUUUUCUUUUCUUUUCCUCACCAUUUCUUUUUUGGAGGUUUCAGAUACAGCAGUGACCCUUACCAUCCAAUGGACUGCGGAGUGCGUUUGCAUUGAAAAGGGAUUUGAAGUGUAAACAUCUAGUUUUCAGUCAGCCCUUGUUCUUCCUGUUGUGUUGACACUGCGAUAAGCCUAUGCUAGCAAGAUCAACACAGGCAAACCGAGUUCAGUAGCCAGUGUUAUUCAUGAAUCAAUAUCUGUUGAAAGUUGUCAAUUUCUAGUGCAGUUCUAUAAUCUUAUCUCUAACAAUGUUAAUCAUGAAAAUCUAAGCAGGUCUUGGCUAUGGCUCUCUAAUAUUACAGUCUAUGGAAAAAGACGGUUGCACAUAAAGUAGCAAUUUUAUGCAGUUGUGCAAUAGAAUAGUAUACUGAGUUGGGGAUAAACAGGCUAAUGUUGUUAAGCAACAUUUCUUGGUGUUAAACUAUAUAAUAAAGUGGAAGGUCAUCCGAUUGCUGCAGUUGAUAUCGUGCGUUGUGAUAGAGCAGCUGUUCGCUCGUGUUCCUUUUGAAGAAGGUGAUUGAUGUUGAAGUUGCUCAGGUAAAGUAAUGUGAUGUAGAACUCUGUUAAUUGGAGUUAUCUUUAUUUGCCGGUAAAUUACUGGAGUUUAUUCAUCCAACUAACCAAGGGACCCUUUUGGUCAUGCCCGCAAACAGUCAUGUAAAUGGAACAUUUAUUUUUACAAGAAAAAAUUUAUAGCGUGUUCACAUAAAAGAACAUCAGACAAGAUUAUACAAUCACAUACUAACGCACAAGGAAGUAGAGGUCUGCAAGAACUGAUGGUAAUGUGACCAGCAGGGAGAGCCCUCAUCUUGUAAACUACUUUAGUUGGAGAGCUGUCUUUUUCUGAGACAUGUACAGGUAAUGGUAACGUGGCUAGAGGUGUUUUUACAUAAAGCCGUUGCACCCGGAAAUAUGUGAGACUGAUGUGUGCUGAGGAUCCAUGUCAAGCUGACAAGCUCAAAAAAAAAAGGGAGGGCAAGUCAUCUUUGCUGUGUUCCACCUUUUAGUUAAACCCAUACAGACCCAUGACAAAAUUAAAAAAUUGUAAAUCGGUUAUAUGAAAAACGGCUAUUUUACUUGUCUAAUUAGAGAGCAUUGAAGUAACUUUAAUAUUGGACAUUCAAACAUUUGAAUCUUGGAGUUAAAGUGUUCAUACUCUAGAGUGGAUAGACAGAAGCUUUAUGUUUUGACAGUACUUGAUGGAGGGAAAUAUUGAAUUGCUGAAAUCAAAGCAAAACUUUACUGCUAUUCAGAAUUCAUAUACUCUUAUCUGCACCUGCUGUGACUCACCAACAACUGUGACCGGCUGAAUUUCUUUAAGUUCAGCUAUAGCCAGACUCGAGCUAUGUUAUAUGGAAGACGUGGAGCACAGAACAAUAGUUUUGAGUAACAAAAGGAAAUAAAAAAUGCGCAGGUUUAAAUAGAUUUCGCAGUGACAGACUCAUUACAUGGACUCCUGUACAGAAUGAACAUAAAAUGCUUUGUGAUUUUUAUUGGAAAAAAGUGUUAGCAGAGGUUAAUAAUUGUGACAUUUCUCCUGUCGCCACACUUUCAUUGUCCACUAUAGGGUCAGAAGAGCAGUACUGUAGAUUAUUAAACAGAUCAACGCUAAACUCCCUAUCCACCUCUGUCAGUUACAGGAAUGUUGUCUUAUUUACCCAUUUACUUUCAGUGAGGGCAGUAAUUGUGGCUAUUUGCAUACUGUUUCAGAUAUGCCCGAACCAGACAAUUCUACUUCUUGAUGUUAUUGUGACAAUUUAAUUUUGUUUUCAACUGACAAUAUGACAUGUCAGCUAAAUAUGGGAGCAUCACAACUUUAGCUCAUCAUAUUAGGCUGAAUACAAAUGUAAAAUACUAAACACUGCAAUUUCAUGCUAAUUUUCAGGAAAAGAUUUGAUUUUAAAUUGAAGCUUUAUAUGAUUUUGUAUAUGAGUGCUUGGAGAUGGAUCGACAGUGGUUCACUCAUUUGAAUAAUAACCAUGUGUCAAUUUCUCACAGAAUUUGCAUUAUGCCUAUUUUUUUCUUAAAGCAAGAGCUUCAUCACCCCAAACACAAAUUGUGCAUUGAAUUAAUUUUGCUUGUUUACAUGAAAGUGGUUAAUUUAUGCUUAAACAUAUCUACGAUGAUGUUCACUUAAUCUGCUUACCGGAGCCAGGAUAUGCCAGAUAUGACUCAACACAAAUUAGCAUGGCUGAGAGUAGUGCUCAUCACUACUUUUAUGUUGGAUUUUUAUUAUUUCCCUCCUCUGAUUUGUUCAAAACAAAAUGCUUUGACUUGGUGUUUCUUCCCACUUCUGAAACAGGCUGCAGUA